AUGUCCGUUGCCACUGGUGGACUAGCACUAAUCCUCAUAGCCGGAGGAGCGAUCAUCCUAGCGAUGGUCGUCUCUAUCUUCUUCCGGCUCUUCCGUCGCUCACAAAACCCAACACCGGAUGGUCGAGCACUAGAAGCCUACCCACCCGUGCAGUCCCAGUACCUGCGAUCUCAAUACGGCCAGUACCCGCAAUAUCGCUACACCCCUCAAGUGGCCCUAGCGCUCAGGGACUGGCAACGCCAGCCCCCUGUGCACCGGAUUCCAGAAGCGCCAGCAGAAGGAGAGCAGCUCCCGAGCUAUCAAGAUGCUGGGAAAGACGUCGUCCUCCCUGUGCUGUAUUCCAAUGCGCCGCCAGCGUUACCCCCUCGGCGAAUAUCGCAGGAAGAGGUCGCCGUUCCCCCGGAGGCGAUGAUGAGGCCCCGACCACCUCCUCCGGGGUAUGAGACUGCGAGCGGUUGGAGAGCUUACUGACCCUCUUUGGCCAUCUGAAUUCGAGGCUGGGUGGACACCGAUGAUGCUGUUGGAGAUCGAGGCCUGCGCACGGGGAUACGGCUCCGGAUGCGGAAGCGGAUGUCCGAGAUCCGACCCGGCCGAUGCCGAUGCACAGCCUGCAAGGCACAGGGGGUGGCCGGAUUUGGCGCCCAGAUGUUGGUGACACGGGCGCCGAAGGUCUGUGUGGAUAUCAUCACCACAUACUGGACGACGAUAUAUCUUUACAUCUUAUUCCAAUCUCUAUCUACAUGAGAAAGGCGGC